UGUUAGUCCUGUUUGACAAGUGCUUUAAAAUAUGCUUAGCUUCAGCUAUUCUUGCUAACAAGUGGUGCUCUUUAAGAGGGGAAAAAACCCACACCACUUCUGUUAAUUUUUUAAGUCACUUAGAACUGGGAAACAAUUGCUUCCUCUUUUUUUCUGUAGAGCUCAGUUUGUUAGUGUGAUAAAUUCACAUACAAACUUUAUCAGAAAUGUCUAUGUCUGCUACUCUGAGCUAAACACCUUUGAGUGGAAAUGAAACCUGAUAGAUCUGUAAAAGGUACCUCACUUGACCAUCUCUAAAGGAAAACACCAUCAAUGACAAACCUUCAGUUAAAUCCAUGGUUAAAGUACCAAAGGUCAUAAGGCUUCAUUUCCAGUGUUUUGGAGGAAACAAUGAAGUGCUGAGAUUCCAUGAAAAUCUCCUUGGAGUAUCUGAAGUCCAUAUGGCUAUGUAUGAUGAAGAUAUCUUAAAAAAUCCCUUUUAUUUGGCCAUUCAGAAGCGGCGUCCUGAUCUAUGCAGCAAAGUUGCAGAACUCCAUGGUAUUGUGUUAGUUCCAUGCAAAGGAAGCCUUUCAAGCAACAGUCUUGCUACCUGCCAGUUUGAAUCUUAUGUUCUGAAGCCGCUAGAAGAAAAUUUUCAGACCUUAAAUGGAAAGGAGAUCUUCAUACAAGGAAACCUCAUCAUUUUAGGAACUGGUUUUAAUUACCAUCUGUCAGUACCUGUUCUUUUUGAGGAAACAUUUUACAAUGAAAAAGAAGAAAGCUUUAGUAUACUGUGCAUAGCUCAUCCAUUGGAAAAAACGGAAAGCUCAAGUGAAUCCACAGCUGCUUCAAACUCCUAUUCUCUCAAAAAUAUUGAAGAUGUUAGAGAAUUCUUGGGAAGGCACUGUGAAAGAUUUGAUAAAUACAUAGGAUCUUUCUACAGAACAUUUAAAGAACAUGAAAGGAAAAGCCUCCGCCACUACAUAGAUUCUGUCAAUGCACUUUAUACCAAAUGUCUCCAGCAUCUUUUGAGAGAUUCACACUUGAAGAUGCUUGCAAAGCAAGAAGAGCAGAUGAAUCUGAUUAAACAAGCAGUUGAAAUAUAUAUCCAUCAUGCUAUUUAUGAUCUAGUCUUUAAGUAUGUGGGGACUAUUGAGGCAAGUGAGGAUGCUGCUUUUAACAAAAUCACGAGGAGCCUUCAAGACCUGCAGCAAAAAGACAUUGGAGUGAAGCCCGAGUUCAGUUUUAAUAUACCACGGGCAAAGCGAGAACUGGGUCAGUUGAACAAAUGUACGUCCCCUCAACAGAAGCUACUUUGUCUACGAAAAGUGGUACAAAUUAUUAUGCAAUCUCCUAGCCAAAGAGUUAACAUGGAAACCAUGUGUGCAGAUGAUCUUCUCUCUGUUUUGCUGUAUUUGCUUGUAAAAACAGAAAUACCAAACUGGAUGGCCAACUUGAGUUACAUAAAGAACUUCAGGCUUUGCAGUUCAGUGAAGGAUGAAUUGGGAUACUGUCUAACCUCCAUUGAGGCUGCAAUAGAAUACAUACGACAAGGCAACCUCUCUGACAGAUCAACAGAAUCUGAGAGACUGUGUGACAAGCUGCUUUUAAGACAAAGGAUGAACUUGUUGUCCCAGAUGUCUGCUACUCCAAUAGACUGCUUAUUUAAGCAUAUUGCUUCAGGUAAUCAGGAGGAAGUGGAGCGAUUACUGAGUCAAGGUGACAGUGAUAAGGACACUGUACAGAAAAUGUGUCAUCCACUCUGUUACUGUGACAAAUGUGAGAAGCUAGUAUCUGGGAAACUGAAUGAUCCUUCCAUUAUCACGCCAUUUUCCCGAGAUGACCGGGGUUAUACACCACUUCAUAUAGCAGCUAUUUGUGGGCAAACAUCAUUAGUGGAUUUACUAGUAGCCAAAGGAGCCAUUGUCAAUGCUACAGAUUACCAUGGUUCAACUCCACUUCACCUUGCCUGUCAGAAGGGAUACCAAAAUGUUACACUUCUCUUGUUGCACUAUAAGGCAAGCACUGAUGUUCAGGACAAUAAUGGAAAUACUCCACUUCAUUUAGCCUGCACUUAUGGUCAUGAGGAUUGUGUCAAAGCUUUAGUCUACUAUGAUGUGCAUUCCUGUAGACUAGAUAUUGGUAAUGAAAAGGGAGAUACUCCUCUCCAUAUAGCUGCUCGUUGGGGCUAUCAAGGGAUCAUAGAAGUGCUUUUGCAAAAUGGGGCAAAUCCAGAGAUUCAAAACCGGAUGAAAGAGACUUCCCUACAGUGUGCAUUAAAUUCCAAGAUUUUGUCAUUGAUGGAAUUAAACUAUCUAACGUUUGAAAGGGGACAGAGUGCUUCUGAGUCACCACUUAGGUCUCCUCAGCGGUCAACAGAAACUUUCAGCAGAGGAUCAUCUGUCUCAAGCCUGUCAUCAGCAUCAACUGAUAUAAGGCAAGAAGAAGUAAAAAAUAGUUAUAAAGAGGUGGAAAAACUCCUAAGAGCAGUUGCUGAUGGAGAUCUGGAAAUGGUACGUUAUCUCUUGGAAUGGAUGGAAGAAGACUUAGAAGAUGAGGACGACACAGUCAGUACAUCAAAACCAGAAUUCUGCCAUCCGUUAUGCCAGUGCUCAAAAUGUGGGCCAGCACAAAAGAAAUUUGCAAGGAUUUCUGCUAAUGGACUUGGAGUAAACGUUUCAAACCAAGAUGGUUUUACACCAUUGCAUAUGGCUGCACUACAUGGACACUCUGAACUUGUCUCUCUCUUGUUGAAACGUGGAGCCAGUAUCAGUGCCAAGAAUGCAAAACAUGCAGUUCCUCUUCAUCUAGCCUGCCAGAAAGGUCACUUCCAGGUGGUAAAGUGUCUGAUGGAUUACAGUGCUAAACAAAAUAAAAAGGAUAUAUAUGGAAAUACUCCUUUGAUUUAUGCAUGCUUGAAUGGACAGUAUGAGACUACUGCCUUGUUGUUACAGCAUGGAGCUUCUAUUAACCUUUCUAAUGCCAAAGGAAAUACAGCACUGCACGAGGCUGUGAUAGGAAAGAACGAAGCCCUGGUGGACUUGCUACUUCAGAAUGGUGCAAUGACGCACAUAAGGAACGAAAGGAACUGUACCCCUGCAGACUGUGCUGAGCCGAAUUCAAACAUCAUUAAGUUGCUGGAAACAGCACCAACCUAUGUACGUACAUCAGCAGAGAGAGAAAAGGAGUGUGAGCAGCAUGCUGCUAUCAAGAUAAGAAAAAAAGUGAAUUCUAAGCCAUGUGAGAAAGCCGAUGAUCCUAUAAGCAGACAACUUCAACUGGUCCAAUCAAUUAACAGAUUUAACAAAGCAAAGCAUCUACGGAGAACAAUAACAAGAGAUAAAAGCGUCCCUAAUUUUGAUUAUCAGUUAUUGCAUCAGGAGGAGAUUGUUUGCAAGGGUGACAGCAAACUGCAUGUUGCGUUGUCAGCUGUGACACAAACAGGUGUAAUCAAUUCAUCUUUAGCUAUUAAAAGCUUUGAUAAAACCAAGUUAAAAUCUGUUGAAACACUGGACCAGAGUAAAGUUAAGAUGAUUGACACAGGAUGCAGUGGUGAGUUUGUGGAACAUGAUGACAUGAUAGAAGUUCCUCACAGGAGUAAAUUAAUGCACCGAAGACACACUGUUAAUGUGCCACUUUCAGCGGAGAAUGUCAACGAUAAUAGUUUAUCCAGCCCUGUAAAUCCAAGUAUUUCACAAUCAAGAGACUGCUGUGAUGACUUGCUUUCAAAACAUUGACAAGGAAGUGCGAAUUUGAUGUCAAAAGCUGAGGAACUAGGUGGCGUUAAUUUCAAUAACCCUUCACUGUGUAUCGAAGAAUUCAGUGACGCUUGCAAGCUUGCCUUCAGAACAGAAUGCAAGGAUGACUCUUCAGCAGAAAUGGAAUGUUCCUAGCACUUUUUGAAGACUGCAUCCUGUUUAUCUUGGAGGUAACUACACAGCCAGAUCAUUACUGAUCUCAACAGAGACGUACCGAGAUGUAGAUGGCAAAAUUACUUUCCUAUUAUAGUUAGCACUUACUAAAAAAUUAUAUGUAACAGUAAACCAAACCAAACCCUAAAUUGUAUUUUUCAGCCACCCACUUUGUUUUUAAAAGUCUUUGAAUAAUUUUUACAUUUUCCGUUUUUAUCACUACAUUGGAUAAGUAUAUAUAUUUAUAUAUAUAAAGAUAUAUUGGAUAACAAGGUAUUUAUUGUCAGAGGUAAUUGAAAUGUCUCUAUUUUUAUUGUAAUGUUACAAACCAUUAUAGUAUAUAUUUCUGUAUAUUUCAGUAGCUGGGAAAACGAUAUGUAUACAUGCUAUUAAUGUGAAGGGAUGCGAUGCAAUUCUUGCUAAUUUCUUUGCAAUGCUCCCCUGUAUUGGAUCUGCAAGAUCAAGUUUAUACAGGAGCCAGGAUACUGGGAAAAAACUUUGGACUCGCUGUUCACAGCCUAAUCAAAAAAAUAUGCAGAAGCAAGUGUGUGUAAGGACACAAAAAUUGAUUUAAGUUGUGGGUUGUUUUUGGUUUUUUUGGUUGGUUUUUUUCCCCCUUCCUCUAAAGCAAGUCAUGCAAAAAUGCACAAAUAUUCAUGAUUCUGAACCUGGGCAACAUCUGCAGACAAAACAGCUGCUCAGGAGCCUGCUCUGGACUGCUCUUUUACAAGAUGAAAUUCCAGUUAUGAAAGGUACUUCUUACAUCAGUAAGCAUUUGUUGGAAUAGGCCGAGUAUUACCCCAUUCCUAAAGGUGAUGACUGAAGAAUCGAAAGCUCACAAGUAACUAUGAGAAGGCUGCUUAGAUUUGGACGUCAUUUUCUAACUGUUUGGGUUAUGGUAGGAGAAUGUGUAAAUAGCACAAGCCAGGUGUCUAAGUGCAGGGUUGGUUUUUUUUUUUUUUUUUUUUUUCUUGGCUCAUCACAUCUGGCUUGCAUUUUAUUUCACAAACUAUAUUUCUAUGAAUAAUUCUGUUUCUUUUAACUGUGGUAUUAGGAAACUGCCUGGCAAAGUACAAAGGUGGAAGACAUACUGGUGAUUUUUUUUAAAAUAAUUUUUUAAUCUAAGAGGUAAAAUGUGCAAUAAGUGCACAUAUGGACAUGAGGGUCAUGUGUGUAUUUUUCUAAUAAUUUAUGAGUUCAUCUGAUUUUCUAAUGUGCCUUGGAUUUGUGCCAAAUGAUGGAAAGAAAAAACUAGUAAAAUAACUGUUGAAAAUGCUGUUUCCUUUGAGUGCUUUUUUCAAAGCAUUGAGUCUUUUAUGAUUUCCUUGCUUUUGUUUUUGUAGGCAUUUGAAGGCUUCACAUUUUGUCUGUGGGUAAAUUGAGGGACUUGUUGGAAUUUACUCUCAAGUUCAAUAUGACCUUCUUCCCUCCUACAUUCAUGGAUUACUAUGAUUAGGUUGUGUGCUUUUGGAUUUAAGGCACAGAGGUGUACAAUAUAGAAUUGCUGGUGAAACUGAACCUUUUCAUGUAACUUCCUUCUCUAGCUCUACCUUCCCAGUUAAAAAAAAAAAAAAAAGUAGGAUGGAUGGUCAGCUAUUACAAGCCAAAAGACCAAGAGGAAAAAGAUACGAACUAUUUUUUUUUCUUCUUGUGACAUAAAAAUGACCUAGAGGAAGUCACUUAUCCUUACCUG